AUCGAGUUUCGGUUAUUUGUAGUCAUUGAAAGGGAUCGGAAAUCGCUAGAAGAACAAUAAAAUUGGGACCUGCAGGAUCUUCCUAGAGAGCGAUGGACAGUGUAUCUGCUGAGGAUCAACACGAAACAAACCACUGAUCCUUCAGCUACCGGCAGAAAACCUAACAAAGGUAUGUCUGUCGGGUUCUGCAAGGGGUGUAUAAACUUACGACUAUACAACAAGAAUAACCAGGUGAACUCGGUUUUCACAUUUUACUCCAUUUUGAAACAGUUUAAGCAAGAAUUUGUUGCUUUAUCCAAACGGAGUUGGAGAAAAAAUCUCUCACUCUGGAGUGAAUGGGUGCCGUCAGAAUGAUCUUUAUACAUAAUGCUUUCUCCGUUGUAAUUAUGCACAAUUUAUUAUUAUAACAAGUGCAUGUAAUGAGGAAAGCAUGAAGGACACUGCUAUGAAGCGUUCUCAUCGGGAUCAGUGGAGGAAGGGUUCCUGAGGACCGGAGCGGUGAGGGUUAUCGCUCUCUUCCUGGCGGCACCCAUUCACUCCAGAGGAUCUAUUGAUUUAGCAAGAGCUGUAAUGCUAUGUUCCUCAACAAAACAUCUACAUUCGUUCUCAGCAGAUUAUUUCUUUUUGGGUGGCACGGAUAACUUGGUGCGAUAAAUAGGUACAGAAAUUCACAUUUUGAAAACUCAAGGCUAAUAAAAAGUUGCAGUCACACACACAUAUAAAAAGAAAUCGGGUUUAUUGAGCCACAUUUCACCUCGCGUAAAUGUGGACCAACGUUUACCUGAAUUAAAUAUAUUUUAUAAUGUCAAAAUGUGCCAAGAAGCAUGAUAUAAACUUUUGGUGCAAUAUGGCUUUGACAUGCAAUGACGUUUCUGCAACGUCUAUAAGAAAUUAAUAACAUAUGAUUUAUGAAUGUGCUUUUAGCAUUGCAUUCAGUCUGUACGUUUAGCAUCCAACAGCUUGUUUGAGACAUGUCUUAGUCUAAUAGCACAUGUUUAUUCAAUCAGCAUAUGCCUAUUUGUGAUGUUUGGCGCGUGCGCUCUCAAAGCCCUCAUCAAACAGCCAUGUUGGGUCUCCGAGACAGAAAUGACUCAAUAUCCCACUGAAAUAAGGAUCGAUAUCUCCACGACGGGCUGACCGUUAGCGCGCGGACACGGCUGUCACCGACCAGCACUUCCGUCUUCUAUGGCCCCUUCCCUGUAGCCGGAGCUUUCUGCACAACCCUUCUCAUCAGAUUUCUACCAGGCGGACGCAGUGCUGGACUGUGUGUCAUGUCAGGACCUGUGGCGAGUCGCGCCAGAGUCUACGCUGAGGUCAACACACAACGGCCCAGAGAAUACUGGGAUUAUGAGUCGCAUGUUAUAGAGUGGGGCAAUCAGGAUGAUUUCCAACUGGUCCGCAAGUUGGGCAGAGGAAAAUACAGCGAAGUGUUUGAAGCCAUCAACAUUACGAACAACGAGAAAGUAGUGGUGAAAAUACUAAAGCCUGUGAAGAAGAAGAAGAUAAAACGCGAAAUAAAGAUUCUUGAAAACCUUCGCGGAGGGCCGAACAUCAUCACCCUCCUGGACAUCGUCAAAGACCCGGUGUCCAGAACACCCGCGUUAGUUUUCGAACACGUCAACAACACGGACUUCAAGCAACUCUAUCAGACGCUGACAGACUACGACAUCCGCUUCUACAUGUAUGAGAUUCUGAAGGCUUUGGAUUUCUGUCACAGUAUGGGUAUUAUGCACAGAGAUGUCAAACCGCACAACAUCAUGAUCGACCACGAGCACAGAAAGUUGCGUCUCAUUGACUGGGGACUGGCUGAAUUUUAUCACCCGGGACAGGAGUACAACAUCAGAGUGGCCUCCCGCUACUUUAAAGGACCGGAACUACUGGUCGACUACCAGAUGUAUGACUACAGUCUUGAUAUGUGGAGUCUUGGCUGUAUGCUGGCCAGCAUGAUCUUUAGGAAGGAGCCAUUCUUCCAUGGCCACGAUAACUAUGACCAGCUGGUGAGAAUAGCUAAAGUUCUUGGAACAGAAGAUCUUUAUGACUGCAUUGAUAAAUACAACAUUGAGCUGGAGCCUCGGUUUAAUGACAUCCUGGGAAGACAUUCCCGUAAGAGAUGGGAGCGGUUCGUGCACAGCGAAAACCAACACUUGGUCAGUCCCGAAGCCCUCGAUUUCCUGGACAAGUUGUUGCGUUACGACCAUCAGACCAGACUGACUGCAAGAGAGGCCAUGGAGCACCCCUACUUCUUCCCCGUUGUGAAAGAUCAGACUUGCAUCGCAGGAUCAGCUACUGUGCCGACAUCUAACACCGCAGUGAGCACUGCCACCAUGAUAACAGGAAUAGCUGCUCUUCCAGCCUCCACAGCUCUAGGGCCCCUGACGGGUUCCCCCAUUCUCAUGGCCCCCAGCAGCCUCAACACUCCAGUGCCUGCAGCCACGGGGGCCGCUCAGUGACGUCGCCGUACCCGCCGGAGGAUCUCUGAUAGAGCGCCUCGGUUUACCUCGCAGCGCAGCAUGAGCUGAUCCGGAACCGCAUGCACUUCUUCACGAGAUGUUCACCUUCAGGCAGAAGUGAGAGCUCAUCCACAGAAAGAGAAUCAUCACGUACAUCGUCCUGCCAUCGAACGGCUUAGCUUUACUUGGAAGCAGAUGGACCAUUCUUGAGCGAGUGAAGCACGCGGUAGCACAGCAUUUCUGUCAGCAGUCCUCUCUCAAGUGUGAAACGAUACUGCCGUAGUUCGGAGUGUGUUUACUGUAGCUCACAUCAGGUCACACCAAUCGCCUUGACUCAACACACAGCAGUGUCUUUAGCUCUUCUCACUGUGGACGUCCUGUAUAAAUAGCAAUGCUGUGACAUAUUUGAUUUAUUUUUACUUUUAUAAAUACAGCAGUCCAUAACCUCUGUAUACCCAUAAUCCAGUAAUAAAGAAUCAUUGCUUAUCCA